AAUGAAUAUCUUCUUAUUAUGCAGUAUGCUAAUGAUGGGGAUCUUCAAAAUUAUCUCAAAAAUAAUUUUAAUAAUUUGACAUGGAAUGAUAAGAAAAAAUUAGCAUUUCAAAUUGCAGAUGGAUUAAAUUAUUUGCAUCAUGUAAAUAUUUUACAUAGAGAUCUUCAUUCUAAGAAUAUAGUUAUUCAUGAAAAUAAUGCUAAAAUCACAGAUUUUGGUAUUUCAAAAAAUCAAAAUAAUCAAACUUCAGCUUAUAUUGGUAAUUUUGGUAUUAUUUCUUAUAUGGGACCAGAACAUCUUAAAAAUCCAGAAUCCCCAUAUACUAAAUCUUCAGACAUCUAUAGCUUUGGUGUAUUAAUGUGGGAAAUUUCUAGUGGUCAUCCUCCAUUUAAACAUAUUGAUGAUAAAAUGGCACUUGCUGCUUCUAUUGUUAAUAAUAAUACUCGUGAAAAGUUAGUUCCCAAUACUCCUGAAAAAUAUGAGAAACUUUAUACAAAAUGUUGGAGUCAAGAACCUAGAUUAAGACCAACUAUUAAUGAAAUAUUGGAUGAAUUUGAAAGAAUGGAUGGUAAUUUAAUUUCUGAAUCGCAUACUAGUACCGAACCUUCGGAAUAUCAUAAAUUCUCUUCAAAUUUGAUUGGUAAGUUUAUAAUUCUUUACUUACUAAAAUAUGAUAUUGAAUUAAAGAUAUUUUAUACUUUAUUAUAUUUAGUUGACUGGAACAAGAUUUGA